AUGGAGUGGCAGCCUCGGCGAUUGGCAGCACAUCCAUCACAACCUGGGAUGCAGUAUUCUGGUCCACCCUACUGGGCACCUGCUAUGCAGUAUGUGCAGCCUUGGCAUCCUGCGCAGUUUGGAGCACCGUGGGAGCAGAUGCAGGGUUGGCAUCCAGCAGCACAUUCUGCGCAGUUUGCGCAGUCUUCGCAUGUAGCAUCAGCAUCACCUUCUGAGCAGCUGCGACGGGAACGAGUGCUUGACAAAACAUAUUGUUUAAUUGAUAAGGACGGAAGCCUCAGGCCUUUCUCAAGCGUCAGCGCGAUCAGCGGUCAGAACUAUGAACAGAUGAUCUCCACGAUUUGUUGCAGUGGUGGGCCUCGGAUCCUUCGUGCAAUCGAUGGGCAACAAAACGAGGAACGAGAUCGUUUGAGCGCAUGCAAGCAGGCCGUUGCAGAUUUCCUACAGUCUGUCUCUGACCAUGGCGGGGCAGAAAUGAGAGAAAGAGGAGGUGUCGGGGAGAUGGAAGCCGCAAUUGACACAUUCCACAAUGGUUCUUUCAAGCACUUUGCGGAACACAUCAACCACCUAGGCACAGUCAAGGUCAGUGCUACUUGCGCACAUGUGGCGAAGGUGCUUGUGGAAGUUUGUUCCGACAGCCGCUUCGUUGCAAAGAAGCUCUACCAGAUCGAGAUCCAAAGUUGUCUCGUUCAGCGAGGAGGAUUCUUGGUGAGAGACGACCCACAUAAUUUGGAGUCAGUUCAUCUUGAGGCCUUGGCGGUCGCGUGGCAGAGACAAAUCCCCAAUCCAGAUGGGUUCUUCGCUGUGGCACGCGCAUGUCGGAGAUGUGGGCGGGCUCCUCCCCCGCUGCAUUCCAGAUGCGAGUUUUGCCACGGUUUUGCUUAA